UUCCCCUUGUGUCCGCCAUAUUGGACGGUAACUCUGCCCAGCGGCGCCGGGGCCGAGCGAGUCCCCGUGGCCGUGACAGCCCCGCUUCGCCCGCGCCGCCCGGGGAGCCCCGGCCCCGCCUGGCCCCGCCCGGCCUCGCCACCCCCGGGCGCUUGGCGCGACCUCGCGCCCCUUCCCCCCACCUCCUCCUCCUCCUCCCUGGCGCUCCCUCCUCCCGUGCCCGGGUGUCAGCACCAUGAGUCCGGCCGACGCCAAGCGCGGAGCGAAGCGCCGGAAGAACAAGCGGGGCGGCGGCCUCGGCAGCACCGGCGGGCCGGGACCCAGCGGCGGCACCGGCGGGCUGGGCAAGGCCGGGGGUGCGGCGGCAGCGGCCCCCGCCCCGCCGGGCGCGGUGGGCGCCCUGCUGACAGCUCCGGGCGGCGGCAGCGGAGCCCCGGGCGGCGCCGGGGCCGCGGCGGGACACGGCGAGGUUUCGCUAAAUGGUACACAGUUUACAGACAGUUCUGUUGGAUCAGAAUUCACGGGUGUUUCUCAGACACCAUUUACCUUUGGCUUGGGCCAAAGGGCACCGUAUACAACUGGCGAGCAUUGUCUUCUUUGUAGAAGUGAACGAAAAGAUACUUCGCUUUCAGAGAGCGGAAUAAAAAAUUCUAGCAAAACAGCACUUUCCACAUCUCCAAAAGCAAACAAUAUGCUGCAUCUUCCACUGUGGGUGUGUCCAGACUGUCGAAGAACAGUUGAAAAGGAGGAGAGGCACGCUACAAUAGAGCAGUCUCUCGUGAGCCAAGAUUUCCUUUUGCACAUGCCUCUUGGAAACAGUGGAUCACAGCAGGAAUCUGUAGGAGGAGGAAGAAUAACUGUUGGUGCACAGACAGUGCCUGCUGCAGAUCUGAGCAAUUCCUCUCCUUCAGACAUAGCCUGCAACUGUGAGGCCUGUAAUGAACGCAGAGAAAAUUCAGCAGAGCCUGAACGUGAACCUCAGCAGCUUCAGAAUUACUGGUCCGAAGUCAGAUACAUGGUUCGGUGUAUUUAUCGUCAGGCUGGGACCCCUUUGGCAGAUGACCAAGACCAGUCAUUGGUACCAGAUAAAGAAGGAAUGAAAGAGCUGGUGGAUAGGCUUUGUGAAAGAGAUCCAUACCAGCUUUACCAACGAUUGGAGCAGCAAGCUAGGGAAUAUGUGCUUGAAAUGAAGGUUCGUCUGCUCAGACACCUGUCCCUGGGAUCUAAGGUUGCAUCAACAUUAGCGACAGAAGGGCCACCCCAGGCACAGCAGUUCAUCUCACUCCUACUUGAAGAGUACAGUGCACUCUGUCAGGCAGCCUGUACAAUCAGCGCCUUCCUAGUUACUCUGGAAAAUGAACAUUUGAAGAAAUUUCAGGUGACAUGGGAAUUGCACAACAAGCAUCUGUUUGAAAAUCUGGUAUUUUCUGAGCCACUCCUGCAGAAUAGCUUGCCAACACUGGUGUCACAGCUAAGGCUUGGAACAACACAAGAUUCCUGUAGUGAAGAUAUGUAUAGUACCUUGCUACAAAGGUAUCAUCAGCUGGAACAGGAAAUGGGCCAAGUUGCUGAAGCAUGGCUUGAAUGCCAGAAAAGAAUAGAUGAUUAUGUUGAUGAACAGAUGGCAAUGAAAACAAAACAACGCAUGCUAAAAGAAGACUGGGAAUUUUUUAAACAGAGGCGUUUUAUUGAAGAGCAGCCUAGAAGUGUUCAAGUGUGCAUCAUGCUUUCCAUAAGAGUACAGUGGGCUUCGGCUAGAGUCAACUCUGGAUGGAGAACCUCUCCGUUCCUGUACCAGUAUGCAGAAAGAAACGCUAGUCAUGAGCCAGAGAGACUUAAUAACAAGAAAGCACUAUCUGGGGAGAACAACUUCACAGACACAAUGAGACAUAUGCUGUCAUCGCGUUUGAGCAUGCCUGACUGUCCCAACUGUAAUUAUAGAAGAAGAUGUACUUGUGAUGACUGCAGCCUUUCACACAUUUUAACGUGUGGCAUCAUGGAUUCUCCCAUAACGGAUGAUAUCCACAUUAACCAGUUACCACUACAAAUUGAUUCUGCUCCGGAUUAUUUAUCUGAGAUCCGCCCACCCAGUAUGUCUUCAGCGAGUUCAGGAUCGGGUUCCAGCUCACCUAUCACAAUUCAGCAACAUCCCAGACUCAUCCUUGCAGAUAACGGUUCUGCACCAACUUUUGGUAGCGAUGAUGAUGAUGUUGCACCAUUAUCAGCAAAAUUUGCUGAUAUCUACCCACUGAAUAACUAUGAUGAUGCAGAGGUUGUAGCCAACAUGAAUGGAAUCCACAGCGAGCUAAAUGGCGGUGGCGAAAACAUGGCAUUGAAAGAUGAGUCUCCUCAGGUGAGCAGUACUAGCAGCAGUUCCUCAGAAGCAGAUGAUGAAGAAGCAGAUGGGGAGAGCAGUGGUGAACCACCAGGGACUCAAAAGGAGGAAAUGUCUCUAGGAAAAAGGGCAUUAAGGAAAGAUGAAACAAAAAUGGAUAGUCCACCACCUUCUUAUCCCAGCCAGCAGGCUGACCAAGGUCCAAAUGCUUGUGAAUGUCACGUUUGCAAACAAGAAGCCUCAGGACUAGCAGUCUCUGCACUUGCAACUGGACGCCUGCCUGCUGGGCACCAGUUUAUGAAUCCUGAAAAACCUGCACAUCCUGCACUUCAUCUUUAUCCUCACAUCCAUGGACAUAUACCAUUGCAUACAAUUCCUCAUCUGCCUCGUCCACUUAUCCAUCCCACCUUGUACACUGCUUCUCCCUUCACACACAAUAAGGCAUUACCACCAUCUCCAGUUCAGAACCAUACAAACAAGCAUCAAGUAUUCAAUGCAUCUCUCCAAGAUCAUAUUUAUCCAAGCUGUUUUGGGAGCACUCCAGAUUGGAAUAGUUCUAAAUUUAUAAGUCUUUGGGGUUCAGAGGUGAUGAAUGACAAGAACUGGAAUCCUGCUACAUUUUUGCCUGACACAAUUCCUGGGAGUGAUAUAUUAGCACCGGCACUCUCAGAAAUAAGACCCGAAGCACUUCCUACUACAUCUAGCAAUGAAACAACAGCAGUUACUGACAGCAAAGAGAAAAAAAAUGCUGCAAAGAAGAAAUGUCUGUACAAUUUCCAGGAUGCCUUUAUGGAUGCUAAUAAAGUUGUCAUGGCAACCUCUUCUGCCACUUCUUCUGUCUCCUGCACAGCAACUACAGUGCAGUCAAGCAGCAACCAGUUCAAAGUAUCAUCCAAGAGACCUUCAUCAAUAGGUGAAGUGUUCCACAAUAUUAAUAAAGAGGACCAUAGACAUUCUGCACCAGUUGCACCACGAAAUAGUCCUACCAGUUUAGCAUCCCUUCCUUCACUGUCUCCUGCAGCACUGUCUCCAGCCUCCACACCACAUCUUCCAAACCUUGCUGCUCCUUCUUUCCCCAAAACUGCUGCAACAGCCCCUGGAUUUGUGGAUCCUCAUUCAGGUCUUUGUCCUACUACAGUUGCACCUCCUACUUCAACCACAGACAGCUCUGUAAGUGCCCCACCAAGUGUCUGCAGUGAUCCUGAUUGUGAGGGCCAUCGCUGUGAGAACAGUAACACCUAUGAUCAUCAGCAGUAUGAUGGAGAGGAGAGCCAGGAUGAAGAUAGCUGUUCAGAGCAUAGCUCCAGUACCUCAACUUCCACAAAUCAGAAGGAAGGAAAAUACUGUGACUGCUGUUACUGUGAGUUCUUCGGCCAUGGAGGACCUCCAGCUGCACCAACCAGUAGAAAUUAUGCAGAGAUGCGAGAAAAGCUUCGUUUACGUUUAACAAAAAGAAAAGAGGAGCAGCCGAAGAAACCAGAUCAGAUCUCUGAAAGGGAAAGUGUUGUUGACCAUCGAAAGGUGGAAGACUUGCUACAAUUUAUAAACAGCUCUGAAACCAAACCAGUAAGCAGUUCUCGUGCAGCCAAGCGAGCCAGGCAUAAGCAAAGAAAGCUUGAAGAAAAAGCUCGACUUGAAGCUGAAGCCAGAGAGAGGGAGCAUCACCAGUUGCUUGAGGAGCAGAGGCGGCGUGAGGAAGAGGAAGAGGAGAGACUGAAGCAGGAAUUACAGCGGCUCCAAGAGCUUCAGCAGUUGCGGGCUGUAAAGAAAAAGAAGAAAGAGAGAACAAGUAAGGACUGUCCAAAGGCAGACCUGCUCACUAGGAACUGCCAGGCUGUGAAGGAACCUGUCCCAAAUGCACCUGAAGACAUUCAGAAUGGUACCCUUGAGCAAUCAGAAAAGAUAGAAACCUCAGCUGGUUCACUGUCAAGGCAUGUGAAUCACACAGAAGAGAGGCCAGUUCUAGAGAUGGGCUGUGAACUGUCCAAUCCUGUAAACACUAGAGACUCGAAGCUGCUUUAUCAAAAAGAUGGCAGUGUAAAGCAGCAUGAGCCCCUCUCUUUUCUGCUUGAUAUAAUGCAUCAACAUAAAGAAGGAAACAGCAAACAGAAACUAAAACAGAUGAACAAACAGUGUGUUGAGCAAGUGAAAAAGCCUGUUGAAUCCCCCAAAGCAGCUGAGAUUCAGACUAAAACCAGAAACCAAAUAGAAUCCAAAGCAAAAGCAGCAGAGCUCCCAACACAUGCAGAACCUAAAAAAGAUGAGAAGAAGCUAAACAAUAACAACAAAAAACAGUUGAACCAUGUAAAGGAAGAGAAAGCACCUGUAACAAGUGAAUCCCCAUCACCAAGUGAACAGCAGCAAAAUAAUAAGCUAAUACUUGCAGAUUCUCCCCAACCAAAAGGCAAGAACAAGAAAAACAAGAAGAAGAAAGGAGACAAAGUCAACAAUUCCAUUGAUGAUGUGUUUCUACCCAAAGACAUUGAUCUAGACAGCGUGGAAAUGGAUGAAACAGAACGAGAAGUGGAGUAUUUUAAAAGAUUCUGCUUGGAUUCUGCCAGACAGACAAGGCAGAGACUUUCCAUCAACUGGUCCAAUUUUAGCUUAAAAAAAACCACCUUUGCUGCACAUUGAAAUGACACAAUACAGGGAGGGAACCCUGCAGGAAUCAAUGAACAACAACUCCACUUACCUGUCCUGCUGUGCUGAGAGCUUAUCUGGUCUUGAGCCAGUGCUGCCUUGCCUUGUCCCCAGUGCUGUGUGGAUCUGCACUGAACCCUUUGGCCUGAUAAUUCUUGCGGACUGAAAAAUUGCCACUUUCUACCUGAAUUUGUUAGCUUGUGUGCUUGUAGUCUGUGAGUGAGACUUACUUGAUUGUAGCUGUAUGCUGUUGGGAGUUGGAACAAUAGCUCUUUUCCAUCUCCUUCUGAAUGCCUUGGCCUCAGAGACUUUAAAUUGCUUAGGCUUGGGUGGAGGCCAAAAUACUAGGUUGCAUCAUCUGCAGUGGCUCCUGUCACUUCUGCAUCUAGCUAUGUUUUGUCAUUCUGACUCCUGACAAAGGAAUGGACCUAGUCAGUUGUGCUUUCAUCUGCUCCAGAAUUCUCCUGACAUGACUUCAUGAAAAAGAGGCUCUUAUGGGACAAGUAUUCCCUCAGUUCUUUCACAAUCUACUGUUUAAGAGUGUACAAGUUACGCUAUUUGUGUUUUGAUUUUUUUCUUCCUGACUUGUAGCCAGCUUGUGUAAGAAUACUUGCAGAAUGAGAAAAUUUAAAAAAGAACAGUACUCACACUAUCAAAUCUGUUAUAGAGUGUAUAAUUGUAUUAACACUGAGGCCUAACUGGCUACUUUUUUAACAUAUUGUUAAGUAAUAUUAAAAUCAUGUCUUUCUUUUUGAAAGAUGGAAUACAUUAGUAUGGCAGA